AUAAGGUGGAGUGCAGAAGGUAAUGUGUGUGUUUGGGGAGAGAAUAUGUUGCUGUUUUUGUUGCGAUGGAUUGAUGGCCUAAUACAAAUUGAAUAAAUUCAUUUUGGAAGAAGACUGCUCAUGUAAGUCGAAGCUCAGUGCCUUCUGCCUUCCUCCUUAGACAGUGCAUUGUAAAUGUAUUGUUUUAAGGUUCUAAAGACAAUGCAGAGACGACACAGCAGCCUCACAGACAACCCUCCUCCAGAAAGGAACCGUAACCAGAACUUGAGUUCGGAUGCUAAUAUGGAGGAUGGAGUAUUCAAUGGACUGAAGCAAGAUCCUGCUUCAACUCAGAAUUUGUUUUCCAGUUUGGCAGGACUGCAGCCGGGUCCCAUUACAGUACAGUCUGGAUUAGUUUUGGGAUCCUCAGCUGGUGGGGGUGAAGUGUUUAUACAGAUGACUCCACCACUGAGAGAGGAGACCAGCACACACUCAGAAUUAAGCCCCUUUACUCAUCAUCACCACCAUCAUCAUCCGCACCACCGGCAGCAGCCACAGCCACCACCACAUCACCAACAGCACCAUUUUCAGCACUCUCACUCCCGAUCCUCCCUGCUACAUGCAGCCACUUCAGAGCGACACAGAGAAGAGAGCAGUGAUGAGCAUGGUACUCCUGCACCAGCCCUGUCUGAGCUCAGGGCCAUUGUCUCCUGGCUACAGAAGGGGCUUCCAUUUAUACUCAUAUUAAUGGCUAAAGUCUGCUUUCAGCAUAAGCUUGGGAUAGCUGUUUGUAUUGGAAUGGCCAGUACCUUUGCUUAUGCAAAUUCCUCUGUCAGACACCAAGUGUCUCUACAGGAAAAACGUUCUGUGUUUGCCGUUAUGUGGAUUGUGGUGUUCUUGAUGGCCAACACACUUUACCUUCUAUAUAGCAUUCAGUCUCAGCAGCUGCAGUACAGCUUAAUCUUUCUGAAACCUAACUUGGAAAAUCUGGAUUUCUUUGAUCUCAUGUGGAUUGUGGGCAUCUCAGAUUUUGUUCUGAAGUACGUCACCGUGUCUGUGAAGUGUCUGGUGCUCGCUCUUCCAAGAAUCAUCCUAGCUGUUAAAUCAAAGGGCAAGUUCUACCUGCUGAUUGAAGAACUCAGCCAGCUGGUACGUUCCCUAGUACCCAUCCAGCUGUGGUACAAGUACAUUAUUGGGGAUGAUCCAUCAAACACAUACUUCUUGGGGAGCAUUCUGAUUAUCUUGUACAGCCUCUGUAAGUCUUUUGAUAUUUGUGGUCGAAUUGGAGGAUUAAGGAAAGCAGUGAAGCUUCUGUGCCACCCUCAGCAGAAGUACGGUGUCCGUGCCUCCAGCCAGCAGUGCGCAGAAGCUGGUGAUGUGUGUGCCAUUUGCCAAGGAGAUUUCAAAGACCCAUUGAUUCUUAUUUGCCAGCAUGUGUUCUGUGAGGAAUGUCUGUGCCUUUGGUUUGACAGAGAGCGUACAUGUCCCCUAUGCCGUUCUGUUGCUGUUGAAAGUGUCCGCAUAUGGAAGGAUGGUUCAACUUCAGCCCACUUCCAGGUGUACUGAGACAGAAUUCUGAGGCUUCGUGAAAUAGUGAUAUAUCUCCGGUAAUGGAUCAGUUGCACAGUCCAUAUCAUCAGCUUUAAAUAUUACUUAUGGCAAGCAAAAUAGCAUUCCCGGAUGAAACUGUUUUUAUUUGCAGCAAUUCCGAAUAACCCUAAAGAAAAAAAUCUUUCUUCUGAAUAUGAUGUGGUGCACAUGUACCAUAUUGUUUGUGGACAUUAAAGGGCAAAGGCAAUAAACGCUAAAUCACGCUGUGUAUUUUCUCCAGUAAGUACUGUAUAUUGUAUGUUUUUAUUGUAUAUUUUACCCAUGCACAGCACCCUUGUUCACUAACACCUCUGCACCUUCAUACUUUACAUAUUUGACUACAGGUAAUUAUAUGUAUUCUCUUAAUACCACUGGGCAUUAAUGAUGCCUUUUUUUAGGCAUGCACAUUCUAUUAAUCUGUAGUAUAUAAACAGCAUGUUGGAACUCUGAGACUCUUAACCAUAUGUAUAGGUAAUCUCCUGCAAGCAAGCCAGUUCACCACUUUUAUUGUGUCCAUUAAAGGGUUUUUUUUCCCAGUAA